AUGCAUUUUCCACAAUUAGCUGUGGCAGCUGCCGUCGUUGGCUUCUCGGGCGCCUCUGUGGCGUCACGCAUAAUCUCCGACAUCCCUAGCAUUUACAGAUCUUGGGGAGAGCUCUCGGUCUACGCCGACAACGCCGAGGAUGCCUUUGGCGUGAAGUCGGUUGGCUUGCCUGACGGGUGCCAGGUGGAGUCUGUCAGCACCCUUCAGCGCCACGCCCAGCGAUUCCCCGAUAGUGUCGAUGGCAAGGUCACCGGCGGAUUCGCUCAGAAGGUGGCCAACCAUACGAGUGCCCACAGCCGGGAAUCGCGCGGUGGCUUCAGCGGCCCGCUCAAGUUUCUAAAUUCUUACACGUAUAUUCUGAACGACACCGGUCUUCUUACCGGCGUGGGGGCAGCCACCGAGGUCUCGGCCGGCGUUUCGUUCUGGAACCGCUACGGGAGGACUCUCUACAAUGCGUCCGCCGCGCAGUUGCAAUACAACCCCGUCUUUGCCAGCAAUGGCUCCACGCGCCCUCGCGUCACCCUUCGUACUACGGGACAGUCCCGUAUCGAGAAUAGCCAGAUCAACUGGGCUCUGGGGUUCUUCGGGCCCAGCUUCAACGCCACGCCGGAUCCUGCGCUGACAGAAUGGACGAGCCCCUUCAAGGUGGUCAUCAUCCCCGAAGGCGGAACGGAGAAUAACACGCUCGCUUCAUACGACAGUUGCUUCAACGACAACUCGGAUGCGAAUGGCGACAUUGCCGCCCGCCACCAGGAUGCCUACAAGAAGAAUUAUCUCCGCUCGGCUGUGCACCGGCUUCAAGCAGACGCUCCAUCCGGCUUCGAGUUCACGUACCAGGACGCGUAUGCAAUGCAGAUGAUGUGUGCGUACGAGUACGCAUUCAUUGGCAUGUCCGACUUUUGCCACUUGUUCUCCGAGGACGAGUGGGAGGGCUUCGAGACUGUCUUGGACAUUCAGUACUACUACCUGUAUAGCUACGGUAACCCGACCGGGCGGGCUCAAGGCAUUGGGUACCUCCAAGAGCUCAUCGCUCGCCUUACGCACGAGUACAUCACGUCGUCUAACUCUUCCGUCAACUCCACUCUCGACGACAACGCCUCGUCUUUCCCUCUCGGCCAGCAGAUUUACGCGGACUUCUCCCACGACGACAUUCUCAUCUCGGUGCUCACGGCCAUGUCCCUGGACUACCUCAAAGACGCGCCCCCUCUCACACAGUUCCCGCCUCGCCCGGACCGCCGCUUCAUCCUCUCUCACCUGACACCCUUCGGCGCGAACCUUAUUACUGAGACAAUCGGCUGCUCCUCUGCCGACCCAGCUGCCGUUUGGGACCGCCGCGUUCAAUACUCUCCGACGCAGUACGGCUACGACGCCGCCAACGCAUCCCACAAGUUCAUUCGAAUGCGCCUCAACAAUGGGAUCCUGCCACUGCACACGAUUCGUGGCGGCUUGUGCGGCAACACUACCAGCGGGCGGGUUGAUGGACUCUGCGAGUUGAGCGCGUUCCUCAAGAGCCAGGAGGAUGCGUACAAGCUCAGCAACUACGACUAUGCGUGCUUUGGCAAUUACACGCUCACGAACUCGACCAAGGCCAUUGACUACGACGGAACAAUUUUCGCAGGAAAGUCAUAUAAUUAA